UGCGAUUGCAAAUUUUCAACCGAAUGACAACGUAUCUAGCAAGGUAGGUGUCAUGAAGUGGACAUUUUAUGUUUUUGAACUAGAGAGAGAUGGAGGGUGGUGGUGUUCUUGAACAUAAUCAGUUUAGUUGGCCUUUCUCUUCUUGUCUAUUAUCUUUCUGCUUUUAUACAAUCAUCAUCUCUGACCACGCCUUCAUCAUCAUCACUGUCUCUCUCUAGUUUCUCUCUCAUCAAGACCCUCCAUUUCAGCCCUUUUUAUAGCUCACAACAACGUCAUUGUCAUGACCUUACUUUACUCGAUUACACUCAUCAAUUUGUCACCCACAAAAAAAUGACCCAUUUGUACCAAUCCCAUCUUCAUCUCUUUUUUUUUCCUUCUUGUUCUUCCAUUACAUUUGUCCUCUCAUGAGUCGUCGUAAUCCGAAUCAACACUUCUUGCGUAGUCUUGAACUCUUCAUGGGGUUGCACUGGUGUCUCUGGUUUGGGUUCUUACUGUUCUGUGGCAUUGGCAAAGUCGCAUUAUGUGAUCAAGAUGGUUUUUUGAGUUUAUCAUGUGGUGGAACUUCAAACUUUAUUGAUUCUUCUAAUAUUUCAUGGGAAUCUGAUGAUACUUAUGUUAGUGGUGGCAACACAACUACAGUCGGUUCCAUUGAGGGUACCUCCUCAUCUCAUCUUCCCGUACGAUUCUUCCCGGAUUCCCAAGGUCGACAUUGUUAUAGGCUACCUGUAAAGAAUGUGUCAUCCUUGGUUCUUGUUAGAGCCCAAUUUGUGUAUAGGAAUUAUGACGGACUUGGGAAACCACCAGCAUUCUCUGUUUCUCUUGGGACAGCUAUUACCACUACUGUAAACCUUACUACUUCUGAUCCACGGACCGAGGAGUUCAUAUGGCCAGCCAAUAAGGACGUUCUGCCUUUGUGUUUUCUAUCAAUCCCGGAUGGAGGAUUUCCUGUUAUUUCUUCUAUCGAAGUCCGGCCUCUUCCUCAAGCAUCUUACAGAAGUGGAAUGGGAGAUCUCCAAAAUAAGUCACUUAGGAAGUCUUACAGAAUCAAUUGUGGUUACACCAAUGGCUCACUGCAAUACCCUUUGGAUCCAUAUGAUCGAAUUUGGGAUGCUGAUGAAGAUUAUGCCCCCUUUCAUCCGUCAACUGCGUUCAAUAUUCAGCUUAGCUUCAAUCUGUCUAGUCUUGAGGAGAGUCCCCCUAUCACUGUUCUUCAAACUGCAAGAGUUUUGGCACGGGCGGGUAAUUUGAUGUAUAACCUCCCUCUUGAUGUUCUAGGAGACUACUAUAUUGUCCUGUAUUUCGCUGGGAUUCUUCCUGUGUCUCCAUCGUUUGAUGUGCUAAUUAAUGGGGAUGUUGUUCAAUCAAACUACACCGUGAAGAUGUCAGAAGUCAGUGCUCUAUUCUUUACCAAAAAGGGGAUCAGGAGCUUGAACAUCACAUUGAAGAACAUCAGCUUCUACCCCCAAGUCAAUGCAAUUGAGGUCUAUGAGAUUGUUGACAUUCCUGUGGAAUCUUCUUCAACUACAGUCUCAGCACUUCAGGUUAUUCAGCAAUCGACCGGUUUAGAUUUGGGGUGGCAAGAUGAUCCAUGUUUACCUUCACCUUGGGAUCGUAUUGGAUGCGAAGGAAGUUUGGUUACUUCUUUGGAGCUUUUUGACAUCAACUUGAGGUCAAUCAGUCCUACAUUUGGUGAUUUACUGGAUCUUAAAGCACUGGAUUUGCACAAUACAUCACUUGCAGGAGAGGUACAAAACUUGGGUAGCCUACAGCAUCUUGAAAAAUUGAAUCUGAGUUUUAAUCAGCUAACAUCCUUUGGUUCGGAUUUGGAAAACUUAAUUAACCUUCAAAUUUUGGACUUGCAAAACAAUAGGUUAGAGGGAAUAGUUCCCGAAAGCUUGGGAGAGUUGGAGGACCUUCACCUAUUGAAUCUGGAAUACAACAAAUUACAAGGCACUCUUCCAGAGUCUUUGAACAGAGAAAGUUUGGAAGUUAGAACAACAGGGAAUUUGUGCCUUGCUUUCUCCACAUCGACAUGCAAUGAUGUUCCAAACAAUCCUUCAAUUGAGACGCCACAAGUCACUGUCUUUACUAAAAAGAAGCAUGAUGGUCAUAAUCAUAUAGCAAUUUUACUUGGUGCAGUAGGAGGAGCCGUAUUAGCUGCUCUCAUUGUUUCUCUUUCAGUGUUCUUGUACACGAGGAGAAAUAAAACUGAAGUGACAUAUGGUGCAGGGGCUGAAACACAGAUGCGGAACUGGAAUGUAGCAAGAGCCUUUUCCUACAAAGAAAUCAAAGCUGCUACAAAUAACUUUAAGCAGGUUAUAGGCCGUGGUAGUUUUGGAUCUGUUUACCUUGGAAAGCUUUCAGAUGGGAAAGUAGUAGCUGUAAAAGUGCGGUUUGACAAAACCCAACUCGGGGCUGAUUCUUUUAUCAAUGAGGUGUGUCUCUUGUCACAAAUUCGUCACCAAAAUCUUGUAUCUUUGGAAGGAUUUUGUCAAGAGUCAAAGCAACAAAUACUAGUUUACGAGUAUUUGCCUGGUGGAUCAUUGGCUGAUAACCUUUAUGGUACAAACAGUAAAAAAAUAACAUUAAGCUGGGUUCGCAGACUGAAAAUCGCUGUUGAUGCUGCAAAAGGGUUGGACUACUUGCACAAUGGGAGCAAUCCUCGAAUCAUACACCGCGAUGUGAAGUGCAGCAAUAUCCUUUUGGACAUGGAGAUGAAUGCCAGGGUCUGUGAUUUUGGCCUCUCUAAGCAAGUAAUCCAGGCAGAUGCAACUCAUGUGACCACUGUUGUUAAGGGCACUGCUGGCUAUCUUGAUCCCGAGUACUAUUCCACCCAACAACUAACCGAGAAAAGUGACGUCUAUAGUUUUGGGGUUGUUCUUCUGGAGCUCGUCUGCGGUCGAGAACCAUUAAGUCACUCUGGCACUCCAGAUUCCGUCAAUUUGGUUUUAUGGGCGAAGCCGUACUUGCAGGCAGGGGCAUUUGAGAUAGUGGACGAGAGCUUGAAGGGAACCUUUGAUAUGGAGAGCAUGAGAAAGGCAGCUUCUGUUGCUUCAAGGUCGGUAGAGAGAGACGCAUCGCGGAGGCCUACUAUUUCAGAGGUAUUGGCAGAGCUGAAAGAAGCCUACAGCAUUCAACUUUCUUAUCUUGCAUCUAUGGGACAUAUGGAUUGAUGUUCUAGUCAAAUCAACAAAAAAUACAUUUAUCCUAAAUUUUUGCAUAAGGUUUUUCACUAUGGAUUAUGUAGAGAGAGAUUUUAGUCUUGGAGCUGAGAGACAUAUGUUAUUUUGAAAAAUUACUACAGCUGAGAAUAUCUCAAUUUAUAUAAUGUAAAUCUCUUCUGCAUAUGUAGUAAUGAAAAUUUCUUCUAGUAAUGCUUGUGCAGAGACUUGAAGAUUCUUGUACAAAAGGAAAUAACAGUCCACUUUUUCAUGUUUGGAAAGAAAACUUGGA